AUGGAACGUCAGGAAGCAUUCCAGGAUUCAGUUAAUAAAAAAGUCCUGUUAGAGUGGGUAAGGAUUACCGGACUUGCUAACCCCCACAAACGCUCUUUUGAUCGAGUCCUUCUUGACUUUUCUAACAAUAUACUAAAAUACCCAAAGGAUAAGCCCAUUGCUUUUAGUUGGUCCACUGCAGCGGGUAUCAGUAAAGAAAUCACAGCCAUUCGUGCUAAAAUAACUUAUGACUUCUGGAGGUUUUUUCUGACUGAAGGUCGGCAACACUUAGCGGAAUACAACAUCGAAAACCACACGGACAUACGGAUUUCUAAAGAACAAACAAUCAAAGUAUCUGAUACCGAGAAACUUGGACUGUAUCUGCGGAAAUUCAUUCGAGAAAUGCAUCUUUUGAGUCGCAGAAAGUGUCCAGAAAUUUUAUAUAAAAAAGGAAUGCUUCAUAUUGGAAAGGAACAUGUGCUUAGUCCGGCCAUGGCCGCAUUCAGAUUCGACGUAAAUUUGGACGCCUGGAUAGGGCUUCCACUGGAGAAUCUUUUUACUCCUAAGGAGAAGGAGUCUAUCGAAAAAGGAGAAUUCAAGCGAGGAGAGCUAAGAUUGACUGGGAUCAAUUUGUCCAAACCACUGCCUAUUGAAGCCGGCGACGAGGGUCCGGAACGUAAGCGAUCAAAAAGAUGUGAAGAUUCAGUAAACCCUGAAGACAUUCAAGGCACUUCAAAGGACAAUUAG